CGGUGCCUAACACGUCAUUACAAGAUUCUUCGAGUUACCCACUCUGUGGAAGGCACGUACCACGUCAUGUGUGUCUUCUACAGUGCAACAGAGACUCUGAUGUACAGAAGCGAAACGGUGCGUUUCAUACGAGGAAACUCGAAAGAAGUCGAAGCUAGAAAGAAGGCGGGUAAGGCCAAAAGACAAAACCACUCCUGAAAUUCAAAUUAACCCUAGAAAAUAAGGAAAGGGGAAGCGGUAAUCUUUUUAACCCGAAGAAGGGGAAGGUUGUACUUGUAUGUAUCUGAAAAGAGAGGUAAAAAAAGUGAAAAUUUUUCGUUUUAGGCGGGAAACCGACUCUCUCUAUGUAUAUUUACCCUCACUCACAUUAAAAUUAAAUCGCUCGUUUUGGUAUUCACUUCAUAUCGUUGACAUCUGUAAAUCAAAAAUGGCUGGCCUCCGGAGACAUUCUCCGACGGCGAAUAAUAUCGCCAUCGAAGAAAAACACAUGACGGACGACGACGAUGCAGUAAUCGUAGCGGAUGAUUUGGAAACUGAAAUCAAACAUCUUCGUGGACGCUGGGAACUGGCCUCUGUUCUUAACUUCUUAAGCGUUUUUGAGCCGGUUAUCGGGAGUGAUUUGAAGUUGACAGCAGAGGAGAUUGAGGCUGCUCUUGUUCAGCCAGACACUUCGCUUGCGCAGCUUCACAUUCACUUAUUAAAGGGGAUACCGCCUGUGAGUAAAACGUUGAAUGGCAAUACAUGGGUGACUGCACUUUGUAAGAAAUUAGCUGUCUGGUGGCCUUGGGUUGCUGAAGGCGAGAUACCCUUGACCACUGCCAAUGGAGAGGAGAUAUCUAGAUACAAUAAAUUAGAUCCAAUACAUCGUCUACAAAUUCUGAAAGCACUCUGUGAAAUUCGUGCCAAUCAAGAGGAUGUUGUGUCGCACAUUAAUGAUUCUUUGAAAAAUGGAACUGAAAUCUCCUGUUUCCGCAAAGAGAAGAUUGGGGGAGAUGGAAACUUUACUUUCUUCUGGUGUGAUGGAAGUCCAGUCAUUGGCCAUAGAUUGUAUAAGGAAGUAAUGAAGAAUGAACAAGGGACAAAAAUGAAGGGGAAAGCAUCUACUAGUGUACCAGCAUUUUCUGUUGAGUGGGAAACCCUAGCAACCAAUCUUGAGGAAUUUAAAAAAGCUGCGGAUGAACUUUCAUCGAGCAAGAUAUUUGGAGAAACUUUUGUUGGCAAAACUGUUGAAACCAAGUUUCUUCCUCUUGUUAAGACAUUUCAGAAGAAGAAAGAAAGGGCACUUAAACGAAAACAAAUGAAAGAAAGGCUUCCGAAUGACUUUAGAUCCUAUUGUACCGGGAUUAUUCGUUCCAGUCGCCAGCGUAGGCCUGUCAGUUAUACAUUUGAUGAGUAUGAUCGUGCAAUUGAUGAGGCUAUAGAAGUAACAAGGGAAAGCGGGACAAUAACAAAGCAAAGCAAAGAGGAGCAUAUUAAGCAGGGAAAAGAAACCCACACUGAAAAUGGUGAUUCAGAUGUGGGCACAGAAUCGAAAGAUGAAAAUAUUAAAAAAACCGACUCCACCAUCAAUGAAGCUAAGAGUGAUGGUAUUCAUAAAGAUAGUGAUGAUGAUGAUGAUUAUGACGGAAAAAGUGUUGAUGAUAGUGAUGAGGAGUUGUGCAAUUCUGGUGAUGUAAAGGCCAAAACUGUUGAUAGGGACUGUUUUAAGAAGCCUUUUGGAUCACGAUGGAGUAUGAGGUUGGCCGGGGCUAUGAACCAUCCUGUUGCAGAGAACGGGAACUUAGCUACGAGAAACACACUGAGGCACAGGCCAACAAGAAAUUCUGCCCUGGACGCUGUAGUACUUGAUUCCGAGGAUGAAAACUUGUCUCAAAAUACUAGUACUAGCCAAAGUAUUGGACAUGAAGAGUUAUCAUCAAUAGUAGCUGAUUCUGAGGAAGGCAGCGAGGGCUAAAUUUUCUGAACAAAUGAAAUAUGCAAGUUCGUGGGUAUCCUAUGAAUUUUGGUGCACAUAAUUAAACAUGUGGAAAAUUGUUGUUUUGAGUACUUUAAUUGUAGUUUUCUACUUUUAUUUAUCUGCAUCAGAUUAUGAAAAUAUGUUUUGCCGAUCUUGAAAGAAAGCAUGUAUAGUGAGAUUUACCAUUAUUCUAAUCAAGUCUUUUGUA